CGAUCGAGCUCGGCGGCAGCAGGAGCGUGCCGCUGUCGGCCGCGCUCAGCAGACAUGUGCCAGUGAACGAUGAACGGUGACCCGGCCACGAUGGCGGCGCAGGCCGGCGCCGGCGUGGUGGACCUGAAUGUGGGUGGCGUGCUUUACACGACGUCGGCGGCCACGCUGACCUCCUGCGCCGGCUCACUGCUCUGCCAGCUAUUCUCGGGAGAGACCAGCGAGCCGCCGCUCCGCGACGCCAAGGGACGCGUCUUCAUCGACCGCGACGGCGUGCUCUUCCGCUACGUUCUCGACUUCCUGCGCAGCCAGAAGCUGGUGCUGCCGGAGAAUUUCCAGGAGUGCGACCGGCUGCUGGCCGAGGCCGAGUACUUUCAGCUGUCGGAGCUGGAGGAGGCGCUGCGCGCGCCCGGCGGCCGGCCGCGCGACCUGGCCACCCGCUCGCCCGGCUGCAUCACGGUCGGGUACCGUGGCACGUUUGCGUUCGGCCGCGACGGCCUGGCCGACGUCAAGUUCCGUAAGUUGGCCCGCAUUCUGGUUUCUGGCCGCGUGGCGCUGUGCCGCGAGGCGUUCGGGGAGACGCUGAAUGAGUCGCGCGACCCGGACCGAGGCCACGUGGACCGCUACACGAGCCGCUUCUUCCUGAAGCACUCGUUCCUGGAGCAGGCGUUCGACAUGCUGUACGACGCCGGCUUCCGGCUGACGGCCAGCUGCGGCUCCGGCACGGCCAGCAUCUCGGGCAUCUCGGACAAGCCGGGCUCCGACUCGGAGGAGAACCGCUGGAACCACUACAACGAGUUCGUGUUCAUCCGCGACUGAGCGGCGCCCAGCUGCGCAGCCCAGGUGAGGGCCCGGCUGACGCCGGCGGCCGCUCAUGGCGGCACGGUGAGAGCCCGCUGUGCGGCACCAUGGGGCGGACCGCCGGCCUGAGCCGACGUCGGCCCCGCCGCCGGCUGAGAGGUGCCGACCGCUGUCGGACGGCCGGCCCGACCGGCGGCGCCCAUUCCCGUGAGUGACGAUAAGUGCGGUCCGGCGGCGAGCAGCCCCGCUCGGCGGCCGCGGCUCGGCCACCCGAACGAUGGGUGCGCGCCGGCGACGCAUUAGGACAUUGCUUUCAACGGCGGGCGACUGCCAGACCUCUCAUCAGCCGAGAGUCGAAGAUGAAUCGCUAUGUAACGGCGGCCGGUGUGUUACGGCAGCUGUAAAUGUCUGCCGGGGAAGCGCGCGCGCCGGCCCAAUAUCCGCCCCCCGGUGGUGGCCUAGAUGCCGGCCUCCGGCGCCGCCUCCAGCGUGCAGCAACUUAUCCAAUAACCUGGAAAAGCGGCCGCCCGGAAACGUCUGCCGUGCCGCGGCUACCGAUCUGGCCAUCCAGGUAACAGUUGGCGCCGGCGGACGCUGUGCUGGCCGCUCCCGAUCGCUAGCAAAAUAGUUAGAAGGCAGCGACGCUGCAGAAAUACCUCCGCAAAAACCCUU